AUGACUAGUGCUUAUUUAUUCGAGCCUGAAUAUGAAAAUGACGACGAAAUUGAUACUGUUUUGGAGUAUUAUGGUAAACAAUAUGUGAAUUACGAAAAUCGAAGUGGAACCCUUAAUUGGUGUAGUUGUGAAAAAUGUGUAGUUAUGACAACAGAUCAAGAGUCUAUGUGUUGUCAAGAAUAUGAUAAAAUAAAACAUUUAGCCGGUAAUUAUGCGUGUAUAACACAGAACAGUUUAUUUGAAAAAUUAGUUUUAGACAAAGAUGUACUAACUAUAACACGCCAUCAAUUAAUUUUAAAAUCUAAAAAUAAAACUAAAAGACAACUGCCAAGUGUAGAUGAAGCUGAAAAUAAAUUAUGGAGGUAUUUAGCUUACAAAAAUUUUACAUCUUGGAUAAAUGCGUGGACCACAAUUGGAAAAGGGAACCGAGUAGUGAUUCCAUCAUGUUCAAUUGCUAAGAUCAGAAGUGUGUUUCCGGAAAAAAACGGCGUUUAUGUAGGAUUCCGCCCAAGUGAAAAAAAUCUUGAUUAA